AAAUGUGGUAUUUUUGGUGCCAAUUGUGCUGAGUGGAUUAUCAGCAUGGAGGCAUGCAAUGCUCAUGGACUUUACUGUGUCCCUCUGUAUGACACCUUGGGUGCUGGUGCAGUGGAAUUUAUCAUUUCCCAUGCAGAGGUUGCAAUUGCUUUUGUUGAGGAGAAAAAAGUUCCCGAGCUUUUGAAAACAUUUCCAAAUGCUGCGAAGUACUUGAAGACGGUUGUGAGUUUUGGGGAAGUGACUCCUCAACAAAAGGAUGAGAUUGAAAAGUUUGGAGUGUCUCUUUAUUCCUGGGAUGAGUUUCUGCAAGUAGGAAGCAAAAAUCAGUAUGAUCUUCCACUGAAAGAGAAGAAUGAUAUCUGUACAAUAAUGUAUACCAGUGGAACAACCGGAGAACCCAAGGGUGUGAUGAUCUCAAAUAAUAGCAUUGUUACUCUUAUAGCUGGAGUGAAGCGGUUUCUUGAGAGUGUAAAUGAGGCGCUGACAGUGAAUGAUGUAUAUCUCUCAUAUCUUCCCUUGGCGCAUAUCUUUGAUCGGGCGAUUGAAGAAUGUUUCAUUAGGCAUGGCGCCUCAAUAGGAUUUUGGCGAGGGGAUGUCAAAUUACUAACUGAAGACCUUGGAGAGCUGAGACCAACCGUCUUCUGUGCGGUACCUCGGGUAUUAGACAGAAUAUAUUCAGGUUUGCAACAGAAAAUUUCUUCAGGGGGUCGGCUAAGAAGCACCCUGUUCAAUAUUGCAUAUGCUCGAAAACUUCAAUAUUUGAAGGAUGGGUGUAAGUAUCACGAAGCAUCUCCAAUAUCUGACAAAGUUGUUUUCAGUAAGGUAAGAGAUGGGCUAGGAGGCAAAGUACGCCUUAUAUUAUCUGGAGCAGCACCCCUCUCUUCUCAUGUAGAAGCUUUUCUGCGAGUUGUAGCAUGUGCUCAUGUUCUUCAAGGAUAUGGUCUUACUGAAACAUGUGCUGGUACAUUUGUAUCACUACCCAACCAGUUUGAUAUGCUUGGUACGGUUGGUCCUCCGGUGCCCAAUGUGGAUGUAUGCUUGGUGUCCGUUCCUGAAAUGGAAUAUGAUGCUCUUUCAAGCACACCACGUGGAGAAAUAUGUGUGAGGGGAGACACUGUGUUUUCUGGUUACUACAAGAGUGAGGAUCUGACAAAAGAAGUCUUGAUUGAUGGAUGGUUCCAUACAGGGGAUAUUGGUGAGUGGCAACCAAAUGGUAGCUUGAAGAUAAUUGAUCGCAUGAAGAAUAUUUUCAAGCUAUCACAAGGAGAAUAUGUUGCAGUCGAAAAUUUGGAGAAUGUAUUUGGCAAUAAUCCUGUUAUUGAAUCGGUAUGGGUAUAUGGGAGCAGCUUUGAGUCUUUCCUUGUUGCUGUUGUUAAUCCAAGUAAACAACAGGUUGAAAAAUGGGCCAAACAGAAUGGCCUCUCAGGGGAUUUUAAUUCCCUAUGUGAAAAUUCAAAGGUGAAAGAGCACAUACUAGGGGAGCUCACAAAAGCUGGAAAAGAAAAGAAGCUGAAGGGAUUUGAGUUCAUAAAAGCUCUACACCUUGAUCCAGUUCCAUUUGACAUGGAACGUGACCUCCUGACUCCAACAUUUAAGAAGAAAAGACCACAAUUGCUUAAAUACUACAAGGAUGUGAUUGACACCAUGUACAAGGAUGCUAAAUGAACUUGCAAUGCUUGAAAUUAGCACAUUUUAUUUUUAACUAAACCUAC